AUGGGGGGAAAAUGGACAUACUGUGCUGUCUAUUCCAUCAUCCAGAUACAUUUUGUCAGGGGAGUAUUGGAAGAAACGUUCAAUGCAGAAGAAGACAUUUAUGCAUUACCUGGUUCUGAUGUCAACCUGACCUGCCAAACACAGAAGAAAGGCUUCUUGGUGCAGUUGCAGUGGUCCAAGGUCACUGAUAAGUUGGACCUGAUUGUUUAUCAUCCCCAGCGUGGCUUUUACUGUGCCAGUGGGAGCCCCUGUGAGUCGCUGGUGGCUUUCAGAGAAGCUCCCAGGAAUGUGUCAAAGUGGACUCUGCACUUAAGGAACAUGUCCUCCUUGCUCACUGGGAAGUAUGAGUGUAGCUUCACCCUGUACCCAGAGGGCAUUCAGACGAAAAUCUACAACCUACAGAUUCAGACAAAUGUUACACAGGAUGAAUGGAGAAGCAACCAUACAAUAGAAAUAGAGAUAAAUCAGACUCUGGAAAUACCGUGCUUUCAAAAUAUCUCCUUAGAAAUUUCAUCUGAGCUCACCUUCGCAUGGUUGGUGGAGGAUAAUGGAACUCAGGAAACACUUCUCACCCAAUAUCACCCCAUCAGCAAUUCCACGUUAUUUAAAGACAGAGUCAAGCCAGGUACAGACUACAGCCUCUACCUCUCUCCAGUCCAAAUCCAGGAUGAUGGCCGGAAGUUCCCUUGCCAGGCUGUAGUCAGGUCUGGCAAAAUCUUCAGGCGCUCCACCACGGUCAGGGUUUUUGCUAAGACUAAGCCAGAAAUCCCCACAAUUGUGGAAAAUAAUUCCAUGGGUGUCUUCGGAGAGAGAAUAUUUACCUGCUCACUGAGGAAUGUAUUUCCCACAGCAAAUCUUACAUGGUUUAUAGAGAGAAGCUUCCCUCAAGGUGAAAGAGAAGGUAAGGAAAUCAGUCAAUGGAAAAAUACACAUACUAAUGAAAAGAGAAAAGACAAAGGAGGAUUUUGGGAACUGAAGUCUGUUUUGACAAGUGUGUAUGAUAAUAAACCAGCCCAAUCAAACAACCUGACCAUCUGGUGUAUGGCUGUGUCUCCAGUCCCUGGAAACAAAGUGUGGAAUAGCUCAUCCGAAAAGAUCACGUUUUCCUUGGGCUCAGUGAACCCUCCAACAGAUUCUCUGCUUGAUGCUACAGAAUCUACCUGUGGCAUCCAGCCUUCUCCAGCCAACAGCAUAUCUCCUAGAAGUUAUCCAGCUCCAUCUUCAACAGCCCCUGUAGAUGUGACUACAUCGACUCCAAACGUCACCCCUCCAAGUGCUCAAACCAGCAAUUACGACCUGACUACCUGAGGCUUCAACUACUCCUGGACCUCCAGUGGGAAAGACGCCAAAUACUCAGCUUCAUGGAUGCCCGGUGAAACAUACAGUUCAUCCCCCUCAAGGGCAGGUUUGACACUUCAUGGUGACACCUUCACCAGCACAGCCAGAGCAUUUUCAGAAGUUCCCACAACUGCCAAUGGAUCUACUAAAAAUAAUCAUAUCCAUAUCACUGGUAUUGUGGUUAAUCAGCCCAAAGAUGGAAUGUCCUGGCCAGUGACGGUGGCAGCUUUGCUCUUUUCCUGCCUUGUACUGUUUGGUCUUGGAGUGAGAAAAUUGUGUCAAUACCAAAAAGAAAUGUGA